AUGACUCGACAUCCACCCCGUCCCCUCAACUCGGACAUCAAUUCCUCAGAUCCCUACACAAAGAAGUAUCACGACUCAACAGACGCAGCAAUUGAUGCUGAAGCUCGUGAUCUGCACCCUCUACCCAUACGCAAUGGCCUCGGAUCCUCUAUUCUCGGACCACGAAACCUAGCCCGAGAACAGCAACAACCAGAUAUUAUCCGUCCACCAUCUACCGACUCCGGCACUCUACCCAACUACAAAUGGUCCUUUACUGAUUCACACAUGCGAAUCGAAGAAGGUGGCUGGGCUCGUCAAACCACCAUCCGAGAACUCCCAACCUCAAUCGAGCUCGCAGGCUGGGCAUACAUGCUCGCCGGCUCUGCCCGUGUUACAGCACUUGACACCGAAGGCGGCAACUUCAUCGGAGAGGUCGAGAAGGGCGAUUUAUGGUACUUUCCCUCCGGCCACCCUCACUCAAUCCAAGGCUUGGGAGAGGACGGCUGUGAAUUCCUCCUCGUCUUCGAUGACGGGAAUUUUAGCGAAGAUUCUACGUUCUUGCUAAGUGAUUUCUUGGCACAUACUCCUACCAGUGUGCUAGGAAAGAACUUCAGGCUCGAUCCGGAGAUCUUCAAGAUGAUUCCCAAGGAAGAGAGGUAUAUCUUCCAGGGAAGCAUGCCUGGAGAUAAGGAUGAUGAGAUGCCUGAUAAGCCACAUGUCAAGAAGAGUAGGUUGAUGUUUACGCAUAAAAUGCUUGAUCAGAAGCCGGAGGUCUUCAGUGGUGGAGAAGUGAGAAUUACUGAUACUGAAAAAUUUCCGUUGUCAAAGACUAUCUCUGCGGCUCAUGUCACGAUCAAGCCUGGUGGUAUUAGAGAGAUGCAUUGGCAUCCCAACGCAGACGAGUGGUCUUUCUUCAUCAAAGGAAGUGCGAGAAUUACGAUUUUUGCUAGUAGUGGGAUGGCGAGGACGUUCAAUUAUACGGCGGGAGAUGUCGGUAUUGUGCCGAAGAGUAUGGGACAUUAUGUUGAGAAUAUUAGUGAGAUGGAGGAAGUUGAGAUGCUAGAGAUCUUUAGGGCGCCGAAGUUUGAGGAUUUUAGUUUGGAGCAGUGGCUAGGGAAUACGCCUGGGAGAAUGGUCGCGGAACAUCUGUUUCAGAAACACCCUAAGGCGGGGAAGAAGUUUGUCGAGGAGUUGAAAGCUGGGAAGGAGGCUGUGAAACCCAAUUCCAAUGCUUGA